AUGCGUUAUAACUUAGCAAAAAGCGAAUUCGGUCUGCUUUAUCGCAGGUAUUUACAUCACGCUCUCCUUGAUAAAGCAGUCUUUCCUGGAGGUGGUGCCAUUGAGUUGCUGUGCCUCAGUUAUCUUGAGAAGUUGGGGAAAGAGGCUAAAAACUCCUCAGGAGACUUUCAUGUCGGUUCCUCCUGGCUUGCAACAUCUUUGGAACAGUAUAAACCUUUGGUACUUAAUGCUUUGGCCUGCGGUUGGCGCCAGUACCUUUGCACUGUCUUGUGCAACACUACAAACAGUACAUCUGAGUUUGAAGCCGGCCUUUUUAUACAGCAGCAUCUCAGAACAGCAGCAAUUCACAGUUCACCUUCCAGUUACAUAAUGGACCUGUUUAGAAAGGAGAAGAUGGGAGUGGCAAUCGUUGAACACGCAGGGACAUAUGAAAAUACUUUAAAAGUGUAUGACAAUGUAAUGGCUAAGACAGAGGCAUGGCGUAGAGCUCUAGAUUUAGUGCUCCUAGUUCUUCAAACAGAUGCUGAAAUUAUCACAGGGCCGAAGAGAGAUCAGCUGUUAAAAUCAAAAGCCUCCAGUGAGUUGGUGUUUUUAUAAAAUUUUGUAAGCCUACAUGUGGUCAUAUUUAUAGAACAGGCACAAGUCUGAAAGCAGAUGCAAUAAAUACUUCCAGAAGA